GACAGUGUCUGUGUUGAUAGAGAUAAAGGCCUCAACAAGAUGAUACAGCCGUCUGACAGGCCGACAAUAGCUGCUGAUUGAUAGUAACUGUUCCUCCUGCUGAUAUCGGAGGAUUAAUGGCACCGUUCUUCUUUGCUCUCCAGGCCUCUUGCGAGUCUCUCUCAUCUUACCUCUACACCACGCUCAACCCAUACAUCACCAAUGUCUCUGCUGCUGCCCAGCUCUGCAGCAACUUCCUGUGCAGAGGGAACGGCCGCUGUGUUCGCAAGAACUAUAACUCCUACCACUACCUCCACCUGAACCCGGACAACUUCAGGGUUUUGAGGGUUCAGAACCGCUACCUUGUUCGAGGGAGACCGACGUUUGCAGAUCUGAAGGCUUUCAGGAGGGGGUUUAACUGUCAGUGCUACAAGGGGAUGAACUGCACAGCUAGGUCGUACGGUGAGCUCGCUAAGACGUUGAAGUUUAACGUCAAACAAGGUUUGAUCCAAAAAGUUCGUACUCUGAAUAAAGCUGCGUUGGAUGACUUGCAAGACGCUAGCGUCAGAAAGGAUAAAGUGAGGAGCAACUGGAAGGUUUAGCAUCGUUCAGGCUUUAACCCUCCGGUUCUCCUUCGCAGUUUGUACGCACCCAGCGUCCUCGCAACCCGUUUGCAUCUUUUCCCAGAACCAGAGCAUGCACAAACACACAAAGGCAUACCAUCAGCC